AUGAAGCAGGUCAUCAAAGAGCAAUCCGACACCUGGAAUCAUGUGGCCGCGACUAUUGACCCUGCAUCGGCAACCUUUGACACUGCCAUCCGGCCAUUGAUCAAUGUGGACAACGAGACGCAAGGUCGAAUCGCUGUCAUAGCAAUGCUGCGCUACGCCUCGCCGGACCAACUAGCCCGUGAGGCAUCAGACGCUGCCAUUGGACUGUUGCGACAGUGGGACUCCGAGAGAGUAGCAAGAAAGGACUUUUAUCAUCUGCUCAAGGCUGUUGAGGACAAAGCUGAGGAGGUCCACUUCGAAGAUGCCAAGUUUCUCAAGAGCAACAUCCAGCAGUUCACAAGAGGUGGUCAUGGGCGUCUUGACCAGGAUCAGGUGGCCGUUUACUUGAAUAGGAGAAACCAAAUCGAUGAGCUGAGACAGCAGUACAACCGCAACUAUCGAAAUGACGAUGGCGGCAUUUGGCUUUCCCUGGACGAACUUGAAGGGGUGCCUGCGGAGGACCUCGCUCGCUUCUUGAGUAGACAACAUUCCACGGAGGCCAGCACCAAGGAUAAGGCGUUUGUACGUUUUACGAGAGCAGACGUAAACGCCGUCUUGCAGUACGCUACAACACCGUCAAGCCGAAAAAGAGUCUACGUCGCCAAUGAAAGGAAGGUCCCGGAGAACGUCGACCUGUUCAAGCAGGUCAUCGAUUUGCGCGACGAGAAUGCGCGUUUAUUGGGAUAUGAAAGCCACGCGGCCUUUCGGUUGGAGGCUCGCGUUGCCAAGACCACAACGUGGGUGAACAGUUUCCUCGAUGAACUCGAAGAUGUCCUCUUGCGAAAAGGGCGAGAAGAGAUGAGGGCACUUUUGGAUAUUCGAAAGAAAGACUUCCCGCAAGACAACGACUCAAUGCCCCCCUGGGAUUAUGAUUACUAUAAUCGCCUGCUACAAGAGCAGAUCGAUGUCAAACAUGGCCAGAUCUCUAAGUACUUCCCACUAGACUACUCUGUCUCAGCAAUACUAGAUCUAUUCGCCUCUUGCCUGCAGCUGCAGUUUGUUCCCUUAACGGCCGAUCAGAAGCAGCAUACUGUCUGGCAUGACAAUAUCCAGGUAUAG